AUGAAUCAGACCUUUUCACCACGUACAAUUGAUCGAGCAACUUUACCAACAAUACGGAUAUUAUGGAUGAAUAAUGGGAUAGAACCAGAAGAUGUUGGAUCAACAGAACUGUGGACACCAAAUCAUUUUGUGCCACUUUUGAAAUCUAAAGCAUUAAAGCCUACUACAAGCACAAUUACUAUCGACAGAAAAAAAAAACGAAUGAAAAUUGCCGAAAAAAGUAAUCAACGUAUACUGUUGUUUGAUCAAACGAAGUUUUUAUCAACUGACGCUAAAUUAAAUGAAAAAGUUAUUGUUGAUGUAUUAUUAGACGAUAUAGAGAAAGUUCUACAUGUAUUUGACGAAACUUGUUCAAGGGCUAAUAUGGAGAAAAUUGUUAAAAAACAAUUGAAACGUGUAGCGAGUAACAACAAAGUAAAAAAACAACACUCAAAAAUCGGUGAAAUAAUCUAUCAAACUCAGACAACAUUUACGUUACCAGUUGAACAAAAUAAUAAUUUUGGAGACACUGAAAAAAAACGACAACCGCCUGCAGCAUGGCUUCAGCCAAAUUUCGUUCAUUUGUUUGACCUUAUUAAUGUGGACAGUGAACGAAACUUGAAUGAAACAGCGUCCAGGAAGGCUGACUCUUCAUCAGACGAUUACAAUUCAGAAGAGGAUCGUUUAACAGGUGGUAUUUUGGAAAAUUCAAUUCAGUUUGACUCACACAUUGAAUACAUACGAAUCACUCUACUCGUUGACAUGCUUGAUAAACGCUUCUCACGCUGCUCACAAAGUUUGUGA